AGCGAGGUUACAACCCCUCGGGUUACAUCCCGAGGGUGAACAGGGGCUGCACAUCAAGAAGCUUGCCCAUUUGCCUCGACGCUCCCGGGAUUCCAACCCAGUCCUUGGUUGUGCGCGAGCAUGCCAAGUACAACAUUACGUGACCCCGAUACACCACGGCAGAGAGAGGACGAUCCGUGCUGCUCUGUGUCAAUGUCCGGCACCACUAAAACAGUCAAGGGGAUGGUGAUGAGAAAAAUGCCAUCCCUGCAAGUUCCAGUGUCUACCUACACUCCAGAUCAAGUUGGGGUGGGACCUGACUGCUUCAUCAUGCCCAAGGGCUUUGAGGACUGGUAUCCUAAAUAUGCCUCAUUCUCUGUCCAAAGUGAUGAUGUCUGGGUCAUCACGUAUCCUAAAUCAGGAACAACAUGGACUCAGGAAAUUGUAUGGUGUCUUCUUCAUGGUCAGGACUCUCCAGAUGCUAAGCUUGAACUUAUGAAAAGAUUCCCAUUCUUUGAGUUUGAUAGUCUUCUCAUCCCUGAAUGGAGCCCACCACCACCUUUGCCUGAAGAUUCUCCCAUCCGUUUGGGCAAUUCUUGGAGAAGAGUACAAGAACAAACUUCACCUAGAACCAUCAAGUCACAUUUACCCAAGAAGCUACUACCUUCUAACUUCUGGGAAAAAAAACCAAAGGUGGUAUAUAUCUGCAGGGAUCCAAAGGAUGUUUGUGUCUCCUAUUUCUUUCACCAGUGCAAGCUUGAGGGCUACUGUGGAACCAUGAAGGACUUUGUUGAUACUUUCUUGGAUGAAAGAGUGUCUUAUUCACCAUUCUGGCUGCAUGUCCUUGGCUUCUGGGAGAUGAGAAAUGAAGAAAACAUCCUCUUUUUACGAUAUGAAGACAUGCAAGAGAACCUUCAAGGAGCAAUACAACAGGUGGCAGAAUUUCUAGAGGUUAACGUGAAUGACAAGGAAGUUGAAAGCCUGGCUCAUCACUGCUCUUUUGACCAAAUGAAAGACAAUCCUGCCACCAACAAUGAAACCUUUCUUGAUGCUCCAAACACAACAUCUCAAAAAAUCAAAUUUAUGAGGAAGGGAAAGACAGGUGACUGGAAGAACCACCUGACAGAGGAACAGGUGAGGGCCUUCAAGGAGUGGACUGAGCGAUACCUGGAGAGUUCGGACUUUCCAUACUACCGUGAUUAUGAGUAAUAAGUGAAGCAUGAGUCAUUCAUCCUUUACUUUUUUGUUUGCUUACUUCUCAUAUAGAAUAAGAACAUUUCUAAUACCAUAUGGGGGUGAAGAAACUUUAAAUACUAUGCAGAUCAUUAUGCAUUUAUGGUAGAUUAGGAAUUUAUCAAUGUAACAGAUGACUAGAAAAGUGUUGCUGUAAUUAAGCAACUAGUACAUAACCAGGGUCCCUAGACUAGAGUACUGUAGUAUUAAUUCAUAAGUAUCUUCUCUAAAACCUUUAAAGAUAUAAACAUUACAUAUAUUUUGUGGUUUAAUGGGAAAGAUAGGAUAAUUAGUAUGCUACAAAUCAAUUAAGUCUGUUUUAGCAUUUUUUUUUUCCUUUCUCUGGUUCACAUCAUUGCCAUGUGCAUCUCCCUUUGAUUUUUUUUUUUUUGGGGGGGGCAAUAAGGAAUUCUUUCACAGCACUUUAAAACACAUGGCUAUUGAUCUAGUAACUUCAUCACUUUUAUUAGUUAACAUUUCACUAAAGAGAAGUUCCUCAAAUAAUGAUUUUCCUGUUAAAUCAACAUCAAGAGAACACAUGAAGUUAAUGCAUUUUGUGGGAUUAAAUUUUCUAAUAGGUUUAAAGGUGGUUUACUUGUUAAAUAAAGCCAUACAUACUUUUUGUUUCAGGACUACAUUAAUUUUCUAUUGAAUUUCAGUUAGCUAUACCUUUUCAUCUUUGGUAUUGCUCACAAAAGCCUAUUUUAUUUGAGCCUAAGAUGCAGUAACCUACUAUUGUUACUUUUAAGCACACAAAAGAAGGAUGUUGUAGUUAAUAUGAGUUAAUCAUUUAUUUUACAAUCCUUCCAACAUAAACAAGUAUGUAGAAUAUGAUGAAUAAAGUAUGGUAUUGUUACG